UGGACUGCACCACGUCCGCAGUCAGGGGGAGCAGGGCCGUACCAUGUCCAGAGCCGGGGAGGCGGGGCUGUACCAUGUCCGGAGCCGGGGGCGGCGCCUCAGUGACAGGAGAGAGCCGGGAGCCGCCGCUGUCACCACGCCCGCAGCAAGACGGACGCUCCGGCGAAUGACACCGUGAUGACUCCGGCUAUGGAGCUCUUCCAGGCCAAGGACCAGUACAUCCUGCAGAGCGGGGACACGGCGCUAUGGUGCAGCCGCCAGGACGGGGCCCUGACUGCCCGACCGGCCACCGACCUGCUUCUGGCCUGGAACCCCAUCUGUCUGGGACUGGUGGAAGGAAUUAUAGGAAAGGUGCAGCUGCACGACGAUCUGCCCUGGUGGCUCCUACUCAUCCGCCAGAAGUCUGUGAUUGGAGUCCUUCCUGAUGGCCAUGAGAUCUAUAAAAUCACCAAGAUUGCGGUCAUUCCCUUGUCUGGCGCUGAGCCACAGGACCUGGAGCUGGAGCUCUGUAAGAAGCAUCAUUUCGGCAUCAACAAACCAGAGAAAAUCACUCAGUCUCCCGAUGACUCCAAGUUUCUGAUGAAGACCCUGACGCAGAUCAAAUCCAACGUGUCUGCCCCCAAUAAGAAGAAGGUUCGGGAAAACAAGGAGAAGGAGAAGCUGGAGCGCAGACUUCUGGAUGAGCUGUUCAAGAUGUUCAUGGAUUCCGAUUCCUUCUACUACAGCUGGACCUAUGACCUGACCAAUUCUGUACAGCGUCAGAGCGCAGGCGAGAAGAGCGGGCUCCCGCUGUGGAGACGGGUGGAUGACCGCUUCUUCUGGAACAGACACAUGCUGCAGGAUCUCAUCCAGCUCCAGGAUCACCACGGGGGGAACUGGAUCCUGCCCAUCAUUCAGGGCUUUGUACAGAUUGAGGAGCUUGUGGUGAACUAUAAUGAGUCUUCGGAUGAUGAGAAGAGUAGUCCAGAGACCCCUCCUCAAGAACCCACAUGUGUGGAUGAUGUGCACCCCCGAUUCAUGGUGGCUUUAAUCUCACGGAGGAGCCGACAUCGAGCGGGUAUGAGAUAUAAACGCCGUGGGGUGGAUAAAAAUGGACACGUUGCAAACUAUGUGGAAACAGAACAAUUCAUCCAUGUGCACAACCACACGCUGUCCUACGUGCAAUCCCGCGGCUCCGUCCCCGUGUUCUGGAGUCAGGUCGGCUAUCGUUACAACCCGCGUCCCCGGCUGGAUAAAGGUGAGACAGAAACCAACCCGUACUUCUGCUUGCAUUUUAAUCAGGAGCUGGAAGUCUACAAGAAGCAGGUUCUUCUUAAUCUGGUGGACCAGACAGGCCGGGAAAAGAUCAUCGGGGAUGCUUAUCUGAAGCAGGUCUUAAUGUUCAACUGCCCGAACCUCACAUACGUGACCUUUGACUUCCACGAGCACUGCCGGGGGAUGAAGUUUGAGAACGUCCAGACUCUGACUGAUGCCAUCAGUGAUAUAAUUAUGGACAUGAAGUGGUGCUGGGUGGAUCAGGCCGGUGUGAUCUGCAAGCAGGACGGGAUCUUCAGAGUAAACUGCAUGGACUGUCUGGACAGAACGAAUGUCGUCCAAGCCGCCAUAGCUCGAGCGGUGAUGGAGCAGCAGCUUAAGAAACUGGGUGUGAUGCCCCCGGAGCAGCUGCUGCCCAUGAAAUGCUACAGACUGUACCAAGUCAUGUGGGCGAACAAUGGCGACUCCAUCAGCAGACAGUACGCGGGGACAGCGGCUCUAAAGGGGGACUUCACCCGCACUGGUGAGAGGAAGCUGGCCGGGGUGAUGAAAGAUGGUGUGAACUCCGCAAACCGUUACUACCUUAACCGGUUUAAGGAUGCGUACCGCCAGGCGGUGAUCGACCUGAUGCAGGGGGUCCCUGUGACUGAGGACCUUUAUUCCAUCUUCACUAAGGAGAAGGAGCACGAAGCCUUACACCGGCAGACCCAGAGGAACCACCAGGAACUGAUCAGCCAGCUCCUGCAGAACUACAUGCAGAUGUUGUUACCAGACAACGAGAAGUUCCAUGGCGGAUGGGCCCUUAUAGACUGUGACCCCAGUCUCAUUGAUGCCACUCACAAAGAUGUCGACGUCUUGUUGCUGCUGUCCAACUGUGCCUAUUACGUGGCCUACUAUGACGAUGAGGUGGAUAAGGUGAAUCAGUAUCAGCGGCUGAGUCUGGAUGAUUUGGAGAAGAUUGAGAUUGGUCCUGAACCCACCUUUUUUGGGAAGCCCAAAUUCUCCUGCAUGCGGCUGCACUACAAGUACAAGGAUGCCAGCGGCUAUUUCCACACACUGAGGGCAGUGACGCGUAGCCCCGAGGAGGAUGGAAAAGAUACGCUGCUGUGUAUUGCGGAGAUGCUGCGAAUCACCAGACAGGCCUCCGGCCCAGACGUUCCUAUCAUCGAGAAGAAGCUGGAGAGGAAGAGCAGCAAGCCUCACGAGGAGAUAAUGGGGAUCCGUUCCAAAGGCCAGAGAUUGGGGAUAAACAGCAUGGGUCUGGCGCAGAGCAAGAACUUCCUGAUGAGCAAAUUCUCCUCUCUCAACCAGAAAGUCAAACAAACCAACAUCGGGAGUCUGCGCAAGCUGGGAACCUUCAACAAAGCUGAGGUGAAAGGCUUCCUCAAGCCCAACCUGCAGGUCAGUCUCUGGAAGUCCGACAGCAGCCUGGAAAACACCGGUACGGAGGCCAAAGGUCACACGGAAUCAGACUUGGACCUUUCCUCGGACAGCGACUCUUUCCACUCUGAUGAUUACAUUCCAAAGUCGGACGAUGAUGGGCAGGUGGCCAUCUCGCUGGAGAAUAUUGGCCAAGUGGAUUAUGUUCUACCCAGUUGUGGCAUCAUCGCCGCUGUUCCCCGCUUGGGAAGCCGCUCCCAGUCGGUCAGUAGUGCCGAGAUGAAUCUUCACAUUCCCACCGAGAUCCAUGUCACCCAGUGCGAGACAUCCCCCGAGCAGAAUGUCCUCAUAGAUUUUGGAACCCCCAUAGAUGCCUACUGCCACCAGUUUGUUCACGAUGCCCAGACCAAAGAUGUCCGUGUUCAGGGUGAUGAUGACGCGCAGAAGAACUGUGUGUCAUCGAGGAAUGAUACCCACAAAACCUCUUGCACCGAGCUGGAGUCUGAAGCGGAACAUUAUAACCGGCCUUCUCAGCUUGACGUGUCUCUCAGUGAGGCCGGCUCCGGUUUGUUAUCCGUAGACCAAGCUCCGACGUCUGGGCGAUCUAGCCCGGGAUCGGGCUCGGUGGACAGCAGCAGCAGCCGAGUAGUCUCACCGUUUGCCAAGAUCCGCAGCUCAGUGGUCCAGGUGGCCAAUAUUACCCAUGCCGGACUGGCCCAAGGGAUCAACUUUGCUGUUGCGAAAGUGCAGAAGUCUCCGGACCCCGAAACGGUUCCGGCACCGCCGCAAAACGAUUUCAAAGACAUGUUCACACAAUGCCAGACCCGUAUCAUACAGAUUUGACUUGGCCUAUUUCCAUAUUCGUAUACGUAAUGGCUAAGUGACGCAAAAACCCUUCCAUUCCGCCUCUGCUGGAGAGCGCUGUACGACCGGUCCCAUAGACCCCGCUCCGAGCCAUUGGCACCAAUUGUUUACAGGGUUUUUUUUUUGUUUUUUUUUUUAAGAUCUAUAUUUUUCCAGGCUGGGUCUUUAGAGCAUUCAUAUUCCUACGUUGUUUGUGCCGCCAUUUCAGGGUUGUUUUUUUUUUAUAGGGAAAACACUGUAUUUUUAGUCUAUAGCAUUAUUUAUUUUUUAGAUUCUUUUAUAAGUCAUGCGCUGGUUAUUAUUACAGUCUACUGUAAAACACACAAUGAUAUCACUGACACUUUUUCAUUUGCACAGUCCGCCCCCUCCUCUUCCUUAAAGAGAAGUAUUAGCGCAACAUGUAUCCCCAUGUGUCUCCAGGUGACUGCCGCGCUGUAAGCGGACACCGUACACCGGAACGUCUGAAGCAAUAGAGAGAAUAGGAGCGGUUUACUAAAACCGUCCUGGUGGUGGGUUGUGGCUCCUCCUUUUCUGGUGAUAGGCGGGACCUCGGCUGGUGACGGUCGGUGAGAGACGCAGCGCGCCAUCCCUUCUGUCGCAGUGAGAGUUGCGCUUGCAUUCCGGGACCAUGUUACACGCAGGACACUGUGGGGUCCGCACUAAAGCGUGAUCAUUCAGCGAGAGACUCGUAUCGGGGCACAACGGUUUGUACUACUGCUAUAUCUCCACGCCGUGUGUACCCUCCCAGUAUUUAUACCUGUGUAUAGUUGAGUGCACAUUGUGACGUCCUCCGGUACAACUGUUCAUUUACAUAUUUAUUAGGAAUAUUCCGGAAUAUUUUCCAUCUCUCUAUUUGUAGUGUUUUAAAACAUAUAUAUAAUUCUAUGUGUAAAAAAUAAAAAAGGGACUUAUUUUAAUUAAAAAAAAAAGUUGCAA